GCACGUAUUCAAUUUUCGAAAACCAAAGCGUUAUCAACUCCAAGCGUUUACAAGCAACAAGGCAACUUAGCCAGCUUCCAAUUUAAAAAACAUUCAGGAAGUGAAACAGCAAGCCAACAAAGUUCAAUCAACCUAACCUCAGAAAAAAGGAAAAGGAAAACCAAAGAAGAAUAAAAAAAAAAAAAAAAAAAACUCACUUCAACCUAACCUAAAAAGAAGAAAACUAGAGAAGAAAAUGGCGCUUUCGACACUUCUUUCGCUGGUGGAUGAACUCCAGGAGCCACGCAUCCCCAUCUACGAAUUUGGCGUGGGCAUGAACCCGCACUCUCGCCUCCUCCAGCCAUUCUCAAGCGUGACUCCCAAUCGCCGCAUGAUCAACGGCUGUCCCUGUGCCUCGCCCAUAUGUCCCGCUUCGCCCGCCGGCCAGGUGAUGGCUCUGCGCCGCGAGAUGGCCAAGGGCAACGACAUCCAGUGGCCGGCCGCCCCUCAGGUGGGCAAGGACGGCUUCCAGGUGUGCAUGGACGUGGCCCAGUUCAAGCCCAGUGAGCUCAACGUCAAGGUCGUGGACAACUCCAUUCUGGUCGAGGGCAAGCACGAGGAGCGCCAGGAUGACCAUGGCCACAUCAUGCGCCACUUUGUGCGCCGCUACAAGGUGCCCGAGGGCUAUAAGCCGGAGCAGGUUGUGUCGCAGCUCUCUUCGGAUGGCGUCCUCACCGUCAGCAUCCCCAAGCCGCAGGCCAUCGAGGAUAAGACCAAGGAGCGUGUCAUCCAGAUCCAGCAGGUGGGACCGGCUCAUCUUAACAUCAAGGCUAACACCACCGAGGAGAAGGGCAAGGAGAAUGGCUCUGCCAAUGGCAACGCCAAGUAAAGGAGAUCAUUGUUGACACCAUCACAAAUAUUUGAUUCCCAGCAGAAGUUACCCCCAUCAUUCCCCAUCAAACUGUAUCUGUUCCUAAUUUAUUGCCUGGCAUCCCCUAAUGAGCUAAAGACUUGAGAAUUAAUUUAUUUAAAUAUAUUGUUCACCUGGCGUGGCAAAUGUAAAUUGA